ACUAAAAUCAGAUAGAUUCACUAGUUCAUCAUCUCCCAAGUCUUAUCAAUCAUGGCUUCCUGUUCUUCAUCUUCUUCUUGGCCAUUCUUUUUCUUUGUUCUAGUAUCAUCAUUGUGCAUGUUUGGCAUGAACAUUAGUACAACAUCUGCUCAGUUAUCUUCCGAUUUUUAUGCGACUAGUUGCCCUAACCUCCUCCCUACCAUCCAAGCUGCAGUAGUAAAUGCAGUUUCAAAUGAAGCCAGAAUGGGAGCUUCUCUAUUACGCCUUCAUUUUCAUGAUUGUUUCGUUAAUGGUUGUGAUGCUUCCAUUCUGUUGGACGACACAUCAAGCUUCACUGGAGAGAAGACAGCAGGGCCAAAUGCAAAUUCAGUGAGAGGGUUUGAUGUCAUUGACACCAUAAAGACUCAAGUCGAAAAUCUCUGCCCCAAAACUGUUUCUUGUGCUGAUAUUCUUGCCGUUGCGGCUCGAGAUUCUGUUGCUGCCUUGGGUGGGCGUUCAUGGGUUGUACAACUAGGAAGAAGAGAUGCCAAGACUGCCAGUAUGAGCGAUGCUAACAGCAAUCUCCCUGCUGCUACACUUGGUCUUAGUGGCUUGAUUACCUCUUUCUCCAACAAAGGCUUUACUACCAAGGAAAUGGUGAUUCUCUCUGGAUCUCAUUCUAUUGGUCAAGCUAGAUGCACAACUUUUCGAUCACGAAUCCAUAAUGAAACCAACAUAGACACAUCAUUUGCGACAUCAUUGAAGUCUAGUUGUCCAACAUCCGGAAAUGACAAUAACCUAUCUCCUCUUGACUCUACUGCGGUAGUAUUCGAUAACACAUAUUUCAAGGACUUGGUAAGCAAGAAAGGACUUCUUCAUUCUGAUCAAGAACUCUUCAACGGAGGCUCAACAGAUGCUCAGGUCACAACUUACAGCAACGACAACCCUACAUUUUUGACGGAUUUUGCUGUUGCCAUGGUGAAGAUGGGAAACCUUAGCCCUCUAACCGGUAGUAAUGGAGAAAUUAGAACCAAUUGCAGGAAACUCAAUUAAGCAUUGCCUUAACUAGUCCUACAUUAUUAUCAUUUAUUGAUCAACAAUGUUUCCGAUAGGGGAAUUAUUAUAUUUUCCUCGUUAUAUAUAUAUAUUGUAAUAAUAAGUGAAACAUUAAUAAAUUGAG